GAAAACGCCCCAAAAAGGGGCUGGCAACCGCCAAGCAGCGCCUGGGCCGCAUCCUCAAGAUCCACCCUCCCCCCAAUGCCCUGGAGCUGCUGUGGUUCCCAACCCCUCCAAACUCUACGGGGACACCCCCAUUUCCCCAUAACCACCAGGAGGGCACCCCCAGCUCCCCCAAAACACCAAGGGGGGGUACCCCAAUUCCUCCAAAAUACUGGAGGGGCAGAGAAAAGGAAGGGAAAGACCCCAUUUCCCUGCCUCCAUUGGCUCUGGGGCCUGACCCUCUGCCCGCCUGGUGGGUUCAAAGGGAGUUGGGGGUCCCUGAAGAUAUCGGAUGGGGUUGUUUCUUGCUUUCCUCCCCAAAAUCUCACUUUGUAACCCCAAAAAAGUGCGAGCUGUACCACUGGGUGGAUCUGCUGGAUCGUUUCGACGGGAUCCUGGCGGAGGCGGGUCGGCCGGUGGAGAACAUGUCCUGGAUGUUGGCCUGCGACCGGCCGGAGCGGGAGCAACUCAAAGCUCUUCUCUUGGCUCUUCUCAACUUCACCGCCCUCCUCAUCGAGUACAGCUUCUCCCGCCACCUCUACAGCUCCAUCGAGCACCUGACGACGUUGUUGGCCUCCUCGGACAUGCAAGUGGUGUUGGCCGUGCUCAACCUCCUCUACGUCUUCAGCAAACGCUCUAAUUACAUCACUCGUUUGGGCUCCGAUAAACGAAGUCCUCUCCUCUCCCGUCUCCAGCACCUGGCUGAGAGCUGGGGCGGGAAAGAGAAUGGAUUCGGGUUGGCCGAGUGCUGUCGUGACCUCCACAUGAUGAAGUACCCCCCCAGUGCCACCACCCUCCACUUCGAGUUCUACGCCGAGCCGGGCGUCGAGGUGAAGGUGGACAAGCGGGCCACCAGCACCACCCUCCACUACAUCCACAUCGAGCAGCUGGACAAGAUCUCGGAGAGCCCCUCGGAGAUCAUGGAGUCCCUCACCAAGAUGUACAGCAUCCCCAAAGACAAGCAGAUGCUCCUCUUCACCCACAUCCGCUUGGCCCACGGCUUCUCCAACCACAAGAAGAGACUCCAAGCCGUGCAAGCCCGGCUCCACGCCAUCUCCAUUUUGGUUUACUCCAACGCCUUGCAAGAGUCAGCCAACAGCAUCCUCUACAAUGGCCUCAUCGAAGAGUUGGUUGACGUUCUCCAAAUCACCGACAAACAGCUGAUGGACAUCAAGGCUGCUUCCCUCCGCACCUUGACUUCCAUCGUCCACCUGGAGCGAACCCCCAAACUCAGCAGCAUCAUCGAUUGCACCGGAACCGCUUCCUACCACGGUUUUUUACCCGUUUUAGUCCGAAAUUGCAUCCAAGCCAUGAUCGACCCUUCCAUGGAGCCCUAUCCCCACCAGUUCGCCACCGCCCUCUUCUCCUUCCUCUACCACUUGGCCAGUUAUGACGCCGGCGGCGAAGCCUUGGUCUCCUGCGGGAUGAUGGAAGCUCUGCUGAAGGUGAUCAAGUUCUUGGGUGACGAGCAGGACCAGAUCACCUUCGUCACCCGGGCGGUGCGGGUGGUGGACCUCAUCACCAACCUGGACAUGGCGGCCUUCCAGUCCCACAGCGGCCUCUCCAUCUUCAUCUACCGCCUCGAGCACGAGGUGGACCUGUGCCGCCGGGAGUGUCCCUUUGUCAUCAAGCCCAAGGUGCAACGUCCCCCGGCGGCCGCCGCCGCCAUCGUCCCCGAGGGAGAGGAGAUGGAGACGGACAUGGAGGUGACCGACGUGGCCAUGGAGAGCAGCCCAGGUCCUUCCACCGAAACCCGGCCGGAUCCAGCGCCGUCGGCCAACGCCGCCAUCCCCACCACCAGCGCUGCCGCCAUCACCUCCUCCUCCCCACGCGGCGGAGUCCAGUGCAUCCCCCAACGCGCCGCUUUGCUCAAAUCCAUGCUGAAUUUCCUCAAAAAAGCCAUCCAAGAUCCCGCUUUCUCUGACGGCAUCCGCCAUGUGAUGGACGGCUCGCUCCCCACCUCCUUGAAGCACAUCAUCAGCAACGCCGAAUAUUACGGCCCUUCCCUCUUCCUCCUGGCGACCGAGGUGGUGACGGUCUUCGUGUUCCAGGAGCCUUCGCUGCUCUCCUCCCUGCAGGACAACGGCCUCACCGACGUCAUGCUCCACGCUCUCCUCAUCAAAGACGUACCCGCCACCCGGGAGGUUUUGGGUUCCUUACCCAACGUUUUCAGCGCCCUUUGCCUCAACGCCCGGGGCCUGCAGUCCUUCGUCCAGUGCCACCCUUUCGAGCGCCUCUUCAAAGUCCUCCUUUCUCCCGAUUUUGGCCCCCCCUGCAAUAAAAACCUUUUCCGUACCCCCACAGGUGACACAGCCUCCAACCUGGGCAGCGCCGUGGACGAGCUGAUGCGGCACCAACCCACCCUCAAGACGGACGCCACCACUGCCAUCAUCAAGCUUUUAGAGGAGAUUUGCAGCCUGGGCCGGGACCCCAAAUACAUCUGCCAGAAGCCCUCCAUGCAGAAAGCAGAUGGGACGGCGGCGGCCCCCCCUCCCCGUUCCCCCCACGCCGCUGAAGAAGCCUCCAGCGAGGAUGAGGAGGAGGAAGAAGUUCAGGCCAUGCAGAGCUUCAGCGCUACCCAACAGAGCGAGGCCGAGCCCAGCCAGCAGGUGGUGGGCACGGAGGAGCGCAUCCCCAUCCCCCUCAUGGACUAUAUCCUCAACGUGAUGAAAUUCGUGGAGUCGAUCCUCAGCAACAACACGACGGACGAUCACUGCCAGGAGUUCGUGGCCCAACGGGGGUUGCGGCCCCUCGUCACCAUUUUGGGGCUCCCCAAUCUGCCCGUGGAUUUCCCCACCUCUGCUGCUUGUCAGGCCGUGGCCGGCGUCUGCAAAUCCAUCCUGACACUGUCUCACGAGCCCAAGGUGCUGCAGGAGGGGCUGCUGCAGCUGGAGGGGGUGCUGUCUGCGCUGGAGCCCCUGCACCGGCCCAUCGAGGCCCCGGGGGGGUCGGUGCUGCUGCGGGAGCUGGCGGGGGCGGGCAGCGUCCCCGACGCCACCCUCUCUGCCCAGGCCACCCCCCUGCUGCACGCCCUCACCGCCGCCCACGCCUACAUCAUGAUGUUCGUCCACACCUGUCGCGUGGGGCAGAGCGAGAUCCGGGCCAUCUCGGUGAACCAGUGGGGCUCCCAGUUGGGGCUGAGCGUGUUGGGGAAACUGAGUCAGCUCUACUGCUCCCUGGUCUGGGAGAGCACCGUCCUCCUCUCCCUCUGCACCCCAAACAGCCUGACCUUCUUCAUCUGCUCGGUGGGCUUCACCUCCCCGAUGCUGUUUGACGAGCGCAAGUUCCCCUAUCACCUCAUGCUGCAGAAAUUCCUCUGCUCGGGUGGCCACAACGCCCUCUUCGAUCCCGAAAUGUCCCGAAACGUCCUGAAACGUCCCGAAAUGUCCCUAAACAUCCCUAAACGUCCCGAAAUGUCCCUAACUGUCCCCCAACUGUCCCCGCAGGCGGCCUUCACGUGCAUCAAGCAGCUGUGGAACCGGCGGCCGCUGAAGGUGUACGGGGGGCGCAUGGCGGAGUCCAUGCUGGCCAUCCUCUGCCACAUCCUGCGCGGGGAGCCCCUCAUCCGCGAGCGGCUGGGCCGAGAGAGGGAGGGACCCCGCGGCGAAGAGGAAGCCGGGGGAGACGAGGGGGGACCCCGCAGGGAACCCCAAGUCAACCAGCAGCAGCUGCAGCAGGUGGGGAGACCCCCCGACCCUUUAGAUGCCCCCAAAGCUUCUUCUGACCCCCCCUGA